AUGAAGGAGGCAGGUCAAGUCAUGAAGGAGGCAGGUCAAGCCAUGAAGGAGGCAGGUCAAGUCAUGAAGGAGGCAGGUCAAGUCAUGAAGGAGGCAGGUCAAGCCAUGAUGGAGGCAGGCCAAGCCAUGAAGGAGGCAGGUCAAGUCAUGAAGGAGGCAGGUCAAGUCAUGAAGGAGGCAGGUCAAGCCAUGAUGGAGGCAGGCCAAGCCAUGAAGGAGGCAGGUCAAGUCAUGAAGGAGGCAGGUCAAGUUAUGAAGGAGGCAGGUCAAGCCAUGAUGGAGGCAGGCCAAGCCAUGAAGGAGGCAGGUCAAGUCAUGAAGGAGGCAGGUCAAGUCAUGAAGGAGGCAGGUCAAGUCAUGAAGGAGGCCGGUCAAGUCAUGAAGGAGGCAGGUCAAGUCAUGAAGGAGGCAGGUCAAGUCAUGAAGGAGGCAGGUCAAGCCAUGAUGGAGGCAGGUCAAGUCAUGAAGGAGGCAGGUCAAGCCAUGAUGGAGGCAGGCCAAGCCAUGAGGGAGGCAGGUCAAGCCAUGAAGGAAGCAGGUCAAGCCAUGAAGGAGGCAGGCCAAGCCAUGAAGGAGGCAGGUCAAGUCAUGAAGGAGGCAGGUCAAGUCAUGAAGGAGGCAGGUCAAGUCAUGAAGGAGGCAGGUCAAGUCAUGAAGGAGGCAGGUCAAGUCAUGAAGGAGGCAGGUCAAGCCAUGAUGGAGGCAGGUCAAGUCAUGAAGGAGGCAGGUCAAGCCAUGAUGGAGGCAGGCCAAGCCAUGAGGGAGGCAGGUCAAGCCAUGAAGGAAGCAGGUCAAGCCAUGAAGGAAGCAGGUCAAGCCAUGAAGGAGGCAGGUCAAGCCAUGAAGGAGGCAGGUCAAGCCAUGAAGGAGGCAGGUCAAGCCAUGAAGGAGGCAGGCCAAGCCAUGAAGGAAGCAGGUCAAGCCAUGAAGGAGGCAGGUCAAGCCAUGAAGGAGGCAGGUCAAGCCAUGAAGGAGGCAGGCCAAGCCAUGAAGGAGGCAGGUCAAGCCUUGAAGGAGGCAGGUCAAGCCUUGAAGGAGGCAGGUCAAGCCUUGAAGGAGGCAGGUCAAGCCUUGAAGGAGGCAGGUCAAGCCAUGAAGGAGGCAGGCUAA